AUGGCUGCUCCCGGCUCUUCGGCGGAGUGCGGCUACAUCCGGACAGUCCUGGGCCAGCAGAUCCUGGGGCAGCUGGACAGCUCCAGCCUGGCUUUGCCCUCCGAGGCCAAGCUGAAGCUGGCGGGGAGCAGCGGCCAGGCGGUCAAGAGCCUGCGGAUCCAGGAGCAGGUGCAGCAGACCCUGGCCCGGAAGGGCCGCAGUUUCGCGGGCAACGGAAAUCUUCACCGAACUAGCAGUGUUCCUGAAUAUGUCUACAAUCUACACUUGGUUGAAAAUGAUUUUGCUGGUGUGCGUUCCCCUGUUACUAAAACCUAUGACUUGCUAAAGACAGGCACAGCUCCCACUUACGAAGGUCGCCGGGGAAGAGGAACUUCGCAGUACAGCUCCCAGAAGUCGGUGGAGGAAAGGUUCUUCAGGCAGCCUCUAAGGAGACUUGAGAUUUCCCCAGACAGCAGCCCUGAGAGGGCUCAUUACGCACACAGCGAGCACCAGUACAGCCAGAGAAGCCAGGCCGGCCACACCUUGCGGCACCAAGAUAGCAGGAGGUCCACGCUUCUCAUGCCACCUCGCUACGCCCGCUCAGAAAUUGUAGGUUUCAGCCACUCCAGGGCGGUGGGCAGACAGCGUCACUACGACACCUACAACAGGCGCUACCAGUACGGGUCUGUGAACGAAGCCGAUCUUGACGGCGCCCCUGUCCACCCGGUAGUGCUUACCUACCCCAGGCCUGGGACCAGCCACAGCCUGGGCAACCUCCUGGAGAAGGAGAACUACGUGACUGCGGGACUCGCCGCGGGGCAGGCCAGGCCGGCGCCCAUGCCGCCGGGCACGCAGGGCCGGGCAGAGCGGUCCUCCUGGCAUCAGAGCUCCUUCCACAGCACCCGCACACUGAGGGAAGCCGAGGCGGGCGGGAGGAGGCCGCACAUGACCGUGGGCCAGGUGGCGGCAGGAGGAAGUGGGGUCAUGCUCGCCGCCGAGAGAAGCACUUUCCCCGAGGCCCAGUCUGGGAAUGUAGACACGGAGAUGACUCUGGAACGAGCAGUGAGUAUGCUUGAGGCAGACCACACGCCACCGUCCAAGAUUCCUAUUGCAGCUACUUUCAUACAGCAUGAGUGUUUCCAGAAAUCUGAAGCACGGAAAAGGGUCUAUCAGCUUCAUGGCAUCCCCAAGCUUCUACAGCUCCUAAAAGUUCAGAAUGAAGAUAUCCAGCGAGCCGUGUGUGGAGCCUUGAGAAACUUGGUGUUUGAAGAUAAUGACAAUAAAUUGGAGGUAGCUGAACUCAGUGGAGUACCUCGGCUGCUCCAGGUGUUAAAGCAAACCAGAGACUUGGAGACUAAGAAGCAAAUAACAGGUUUGCUGUGGAAUUUGUCCUCUAAUGACAAACUUAAGAAUCUCAUGAUAACAGAAGCCUUGCUUAUCCUCACUGAGAACAUCAUCAUCCCCUUUUCGGGGUGGCCAGAAGGAGACUACCCCAAAGCAAAUGGCUUGCUUGAUUUUGAUAUAUUCUACAACGUCACAGGAUGCCUAAGAAAUAUGAGUUCAGCUGGCCCUGAAGGGAGAAAAGUGAUGAGGAGGUGUGAUGGACUGAUUGACUCACUGGUCCAUUAUGUCAGAGGCACCAUUGCAGAUUACCAGCCAGAUGACAAGGCCACAGAGAACUGUGUGUGCAUUCUCCAUAACCUUUCCUACCAGCUGGAGGCAGAACUCCCAGAGAAAUAUUCCCAGAAUAUUUAUAUUCAAAACCGGAAUAUCCAGGCUGACAACAAAAGUAUUGGGUGUUUUGGCAGUCGAAGCAGAAAAGUAAAACAGCAAUACCAGGACAUGCCAAUGCCAGAGGAAAAGAGCAACCCCAAGGGCGUGGAGUGGCUGUGGCACUCCAUCGUGAUACGAAUGUAUUUGUCCUUGAUCGCCAAGAGUGUCCGAAACUAUACUCAAGAAGCAUCUUUGGGAGCGCUCCAGAAUCUCACAGCAGGAAGUGGACCAAUGCCAACAUCAGUAGCUCAGACAGUUGUCCAGAAGGAAAAUGGCCUUCAGCACACACGAAAGAUGCUGCAUGUCGGUGAUCCAAGUGUGAGAAAGACUGCCGUCUCUCUGCUGAGGAAUUUGUCUCGGAAUCUUUCUCUGCAGAAUGAAAUUGCCAAAGAAACUCUACCUGAUUUAGUUUCCAUAAUUCCUGACACAGUCCCAAGUACUGAUCUUCUCAUUGAAACUACAGCCUCUGCCUGUUACACAUUGAACAAUAUAAUCCAAAAUAGUUACCAGAAUGCACGGGAUCUUCUAAACACUGGGGGCCUGCAGAAAAUUAUGACCAUAAGCGCAGGAGACACCUAUGCCUCCAACAAAGCAAGUAAAGCUGCUUCUGUUCUCCUGUAUUCUUUGUGGACCCAUGCAGAGCUCCAUAAUGCCUACAAGAAGGCUCAGUUUAAGAAGACAGAUUUUGUCAACAGCCGGACUACCAAAGCCUACCACUCCCUGAAAGACUGA